AUGCCGCCCGUCCAGGGGACAUUCAAAGUCCUCCCUGGCCUCGCCCGUUCAGACGUAAACAAUGGCCCGAUCCGCCCCAUGACCUCGAAGCAGGUCAAGAAGGCCCACAAAGCAGCAACCCGCCAGCCGAAGCUGUCGCGCGCAGAGCAGAGACGCCUCGAGCUCGCGGAGCAGGAGCGCAUCCGGAAGGAGUUCGAGAAGGAGAAGACGGCGGCGCGGGCCCGGGCGGCCAAGGAGCGCAAGAAGCAGAAGGAACUGGCGGACAAGGAGGCGAAGCGGAAGAAAGGGCUGCCCCUUGUGGCUCCGAGGCCGAGUCAGGAGACGUUGUCAAGGUUCAUGUGGGGGAAUGGGAGCGGGCUGAAGCGUGAUGGGCGUGGGGCGACAGUUGCGCCUGCGCCGAUGGCUGCCGUAAGAGAGGAGUCGGCACAGCCAGAUGAGGAUUUGAAGAAACCUGACGAUGAGGAGGUGAAAGUUGAAAUGGAGCCAGCUAUGGAUGAGAGGGGUGGUGCAGAUGUUCAUAUCGAAGAACCGGAGCAGGCACAUUCUCCAGACGCCGCAUCCCCCAUACCAAACGCAGGCGCCGCACAGCCGGAAGUUCUAGCCGGACUACAAGCAUAUGAAGAACCUAUACAACCUACAAAUCUUCAUGUCGACGACACGGAUGAUAUGGGUGACCCAAGGCUGAGCGCACACGCCCAAUCUGAACCUCUGCCUGAGGUACAUGGGGGAAAAGAGCAUUCGCAAACCGCAGAUUCUCAUGUUAGAGAGCCGAUUCCACAAAAUUCACCACAGCCAAUAGUCCCUAAGCCAAGUAUUAGCAUUGACCAUACUGAAUCUCCGCCUGUGGUCCCAGGGGGGGAGGCUUUGAGGUCUGCAGCAAGCGAGGGGAGCUUCAUCCUAGGAUCCUCAGAUAUGAUCGACGAUGAAUCCUUACUUGAAUUAACGGAAUCCUUUGAACCGAAACCCGUAUUAGAUGGGCAGGAAACCGCAGCCCCAUAUCCCCAAAACGCACCAAUUCUGACCCCCGAAAUAAAGAUACCGGACAACUUGCCCGAUAACCUCCCCGAUGGCAUCCGCGCCGAGACCUCCGACGAUUUGGCUGUUCUUGGGGCAAUCACACAGUUAUUCCACGAUAUGGAUGAUGAUUACGACUACGAAAUGAUUGGGGAUGAAGUAAUAGAAUCGCACGAACCCCCAUUGGAAGAAGCGGCGCUGCCCCUCCCAGAACUUCAUGAUGAAACGAAACCCAAAGCGAUUUUUGAAGACCAGGUUUCGCCGCUACCACAGAGGAGUCAGAGGCACGGGCUCGAGAGGAAAGUCUCCAGCUUUUUUGGGAGCGAGUUAGAUGAUGAAUUGCUCUUACAGCUGGAAUUGCCCGGCGAUGUUGCUGCAUCUCAAUGUUGCCAGCCGGUAGACGAGCAGCCGCAACAGGAGUCUCCCCCGAAACGGGACCAUGCCAUUGGCAGUACAGGCCACCGUAGCACACCAAGCUCACCAAUAGCUCCACGCCAACGACCUCCUCCCAGCACGCAAGCUAUCCUUCUCAACCUCGACGACUACUUACCUUCUUCUACGCAACUAGCACUGGAACUCGACGAGGAUGAUAUCGAAGAAGACUUCCCUGUAGUUGAAGCUACCAAUCAGGUAAAACACCCCCCGCCAACUCCACGUCAUGGCCCCUCGCCUGCGAGCAGACAGGGUGUGCAGCCGACAAUGGCUGCUCCGCAGAGCGCUGGCCCGCCUAUUCGACCACAAAAGCGAUUCUUCAGCUCUUCUGGUUCCAACGAGUCGUUACAUCUCGCACUACAUCUUAGUCGGCGCACGGCAGCUCUCGAGGGUAUCCGCAGGAAUGACCAACGACGCGUGGAAGCCGGUCUUCUUCAAGGACGAACGAUAAGCCAGCCGCAGAGGCAUCAACACAAGAGGCCAAAAAUACCCAGCUUUGCUAUGAAUUAUCAAGUGAAACAUGACCCGCCGGUGCAGAAUGCUACGAGGAUAGCGAAGACUAUGAUUGAUGAGGUAUCAAGACCAAGCCCCCCUAACCCUACAAAGGGAAACCAGAGCACCAGGAACGAGCAGUCGGGCACAAAAUCAGCAGUGGCAAUCAAGGGGAAUGAUACAAACAAGGAGAAUAUACCGCCGGAACCGGUGACUGAUGACCUCUUGGGCUCCGGCCUGCCAGCUUCUCAGGAGACGGAGUAUGGUGGCGCUUGGAUGGACGACAUCGGGUUGGAUUUGGUUAUCUGA